AGUUUGUAGUAUUCAAUGUUGGUUGACUUGCAUCUUUCUAAAACAUGUUUCAUGCCUUAUGGAUCCUGAGGUUGGUCGUGUGGUCUAUUGGAACGCGGAUUUGAUUUGCAUUACUUUAAAUUCGAGUCGUAACCAUGUCUUCAGGUAAAAAAGGAAAAAAGAAGAAGUGUAAAACUGUUGAUUUAAUGUCAUUUUUGGCUGAUGGGGGUGGAACACCCACUGUGCCAGUAAAACCAUUCAGUAGUUGGAUUGAUGAAAUGGAAGAAGAACAUGAAGGGUUUUCAUCAAGAAGUAGCAAAGAGCCAGUAGUUUUACCUACUGCUCCAAGAGCUGCAAGAGGUCCUCGUGUUGCAGAUGAGGAUAUUCCUACUAAUCCACCUUAUGUAGCAUAUCUUUCAAAUCUACCAUAUGAAGUGGAUGAAACAUAUUUAACAGAAUUUUUUGCAAAUAUGAAGAUUUCUAAUAUACGUUUACCAAAAGAUUCUAACAAACUGAAAGGAUAUGGAUAUGUUGAAUUUGAAGAUCGUCAAAGUUUGAUUGAUGCUCUUUGUUUAUCUAACACACCUAUGAAGACAAGAAGAGUACGAAUUGAUGUUUCAAAUAGUGUUAAUGAUGAUCGUCGUGGAGGUCGAAUGAGCCGUGAUAAUCGUAGAGAUACUUAUGAUGAUCCUGAACGUACAUCCGGAGACUGGAGAAGUGGUCCACGAGACGAAAAUUUGACAUCAGAAGGAGAUUCAUAUCGAAGUCGAUAUGAUAACAGAGAUCGAAGAGAUGAUCGUGAAAAUUCUGAUUAUGAUAAUAAACCUGGUGCAUGGCGUGAAAGUAGUGACAGAGGAAGACCAACAUUUAGAGAUAGAGGUGGCUUUAGAGAUGAGGAUAGGGAUAGAGAUUGGCCUCGUUAUGAUAGGGAUAGUAGAGAUCGAGAUGGUGGAGAUAGAGGAAGUAGUUUUGGUCCGCGUCGUAAUUAUGGAGAUUCUGAUUGGGAUCGUGAUGGUCAACGUAGACAAGGAAAGCCCCCUACAGAAAAUAAACCUGAACCAAGAACUAGGCCGAAAUUGCAACUUCAGCCUCGUACAAAACCUAUUGAUCCUAUUAUUGUAAAAGAAGAACAACAAUCUGCAGCUCAAACUGCUGCUACACCUGCUUCAUCAACAAAUAUAUUUGGUGCUGCAAAACCUGUGGAUACUACUGCUAGGGAAAGAGAAAUAGAAGAACGACUUGCAAAAUCGUAUGCUGAAUCAAAAUCCAAAGAAGACGGAGAUUCAGAAAAACGUGGUUCUAGAGAAGGUACUUGGGGUAAACGUAAUGGAGAGGGUCGCGAUGAAAGAGAAAGGGGUCGACAAACUUGGCGAUCGGAAGAUGACAGAAGUCGACGAAAUGAAAGAUCGGCACCACGAAAUCAUCCUAUUCAUUCUGAUCAAUAUGGAGAUUCUAAAGGUCAGCCUUCUUCCCGUGGUGGACGACCAUCUUCAAGAGGUCCUCCACGAUCAAAUGAUACUCGUGGUGGAGAUAGAGACCGAAGAGAAAAAGACGAUAUUAGUAGGAUGCCAAAGGCAAAGGAUGAGCAAGCUCCAAAUUUUGUAGCUUCCAAUAAAUAUUCUAUGCUACCUGAUGAUGUGGAUCCUGACAAUAUUGAUGAUUAGUCCUAAUCAUUAUAUAUCAUCCAUUAAAUUGUGCCACAUGCAUCAUAAUUAGUCUAUAUAUGCAUAUUAUUAAUUUGUUUUACCUCUAUUAAAUACUUAUCGAAUUGAUUCAUGAAUCAAACUCUAAGCUCUUGGUAUUAUUUUACAGGAAUUAUUGUUGAUUUAUAUUUAAUCUAUUUUAUUACUCGUAAUAUAAUUAUCUAUCUACAUAUGUAUUUACUUUAUAUUUCAAUAUGAAUGUUCAGCAUCAUUAAAUCGAUGUGAAAAUUCGGAUAACUUUAACGAAUUAUAUUGAUUUCUUUAAUAUUUAAUUUUGAAGAUAAUUACAUCUGUAAGACUUAGGAAUUGGGACUUUAUACAUCAUACUUUAUUCACUGUACAGUUAUUGUACAAUAUGUAACUCAUUUACAUGUAAAAUAAUAAUGAAAAUUUAGGAGGAAAACAAUUAAAAUAAUAAGUGUAAUGGGAAUUUACUGAUGUAUUACAUUCUAUUGCCUGAAAUUCAAAUGAAAUUGUUAAUAAUUAUAAAAAAAAAUGAUAGUAACAUAAAUAUCAGAAAAUUGAUAUCAUAAGCACAAUAAAUAUAAGAUGACAGUACGAAAAUCAAUAUGCAUGUUAAUAAUCAUUGUAUCAUGAUAAUAAGGAAUCAUGUGAUUGAUCAAUCGAAAUUUUGUCACAAUUAUUUUAUUAAUAAUAUGUUUUUAAAUAUGCUUUAUAUAUUAAAAAUUAUAUAUUUACAAUCUCUUUGAGGUAUAUACAUAAUGACUUUAAGUUCAUUGUUGUUGUGUCGUUUGUGCUAAUUGACGUAAUUGUUUCAAUACAGUUUCUAAAAGCUUUUUCUUAUCUCGUUCACUUUUCUUUAAUACAGAAAAUACUGUUUUUUUAUCGGAUUCUUUUAAUCUGUAAGUAUAAUAUUUUUAUAUUUUAAGAUAUAGAUAAUGACAAUACUGCAUUAUUUCACACAUAAAAAAUAUGAUACGUACUUCUCUAACAAAAGUACAGCCAUAUUUGGAGUUACUAAAUGAUAUUUACUUGAUUCAUGGCCAUAGUCAUGAAAAUACGUAGGCCAGUCCCAACUCAUAAAUAAGUCCAGUAAUUGUCUUAACUGUGCAAAAUGUUGGAGUAAGGUACCUUCGGGUAAACCAGAAACAGGUUCCGAGGCAGCAAAUUCUAAAAAUUAAAAAAUUUUUUUAGAAUAGUAUAUUCGAAUCAAUUCAAUAUCGCCACAAAAUAUUUUGUAACCGUAUGUUGUACGUUUUAUUUAAGAAUAAAAAAAAAUACAUACGCUCA